CCUCCUCCUCCUCCUCCUCCUCCGGCGGCGCCGGCCAUGGAGUACACGCCGCCCCCCAAGCCGCAGCUCUCGUCGCGGGCCAACGCCUUCUCCAUCGCCGCGCUCAUGUCCAGCGGGAGCUCCAAGGACAAGGAGUCCCCCGAGAGCACCAUCAAGCCGCUGGAGCAAUUCGUGGAGAAAUCCUCCUGCGCCCAGCCUUUGACCGACUUGUCCAGCCUGGACCCUCACGGGGAUUUUAGCACGAGCCCUUCGUCCCUGUGCACCGAGCCCCUCAUCCCCACCACCCCCGUCAUCCCCAGCGAGGAGAUGGCCAAAAUCUCCUGCAGCCUGGAGACCAAGGAGCUCUGGGACAAGUUUCACGAGUUGGGCACCGAGAUGAUCAUCACCAAGUCGGGGAGGAGAAUGUUUCCUACGAUCAGGGUUUCCUUUUCAGGAGUGGAUCCUGAAGCCAAGUACAUUGUGUUAAUGGAUAUAGUUCCUGUGGACAAUAAAAGAUACAGAUAUGCCUACCACAGGUCUUCCUGGCUAGUAGCUGGAAAAGCUGACCCUCCACUCCCUGCAAGGUUGUACGUUCACCCUGACUCACCAUUUACAGGAGAGCAAUUGCUAAAGCAGAUGGUGUCGUUUGAAAAAGUGAAGCUUACUAACAACGAGCUGGAUCAGCAUGGCCAUAUCAUUUUAAACUCCAUGCACAAGUACCAGCCAAGGGUCCACAUUAUUAAGAAGAAGGAUCACACGGCAUCUUUGCUAAAUCUGAAAUCUGAAGAGUUCAGGACAUUUAUCUUUCCAGAAACAGUUUUUACAGCUGUUACUGCCUACCAGAAUCAAUUGAUAACCAAGCUGAAAAUUGACAGCAACCCUUUUGCUAAAGGAUUCCGGGACUCUUCCAGACUCACUGAUAUCGAGAGAGAAAGUGUGGAGAGCCUUAUCCAGAAGCAUUCCUAUGCCCGAUCCCCCAUUCGAACCUAUGGAGGAGAAGAUGAUCUAGGAGAUGAGAGUCAAGCAACACAAAGCAGAGGAUCAGCUUUUACAACCUCCGAUAAUCUAUCCCUCAGCUCCUGGGUAUCUUCCUCAACCAGUUUUCCUGGAUUUCAGCAUCCACAGUCUUUGAGUGCCCUGGGUACCAGCACUGCAUCCAUAGCUACACCCAUUCCUCAUCCAAUCCAAGGAUCUCUGCCUCCGUACAGCCGCUUGGGAAUGCCUCUUACACCUUCAGCUAUUGCCAGCUCAAUGCAAGGUAGUGGCCCCACUUUCCCUUCCUUCCACAUGCCUAGGUACCACCAUUAUUUUCAGCAGGGUCCUUAUGCAGCUAUCCAGGGACUGCGUCACUCCUCUGCAGUGAUGACGCCAUUUGUAUGACUGAUGUAAGACAAGAGAAACACGAGAUUUUAAAUGUGCAAGUUUGGUAUGAAAAAUACAAGGGACCUUCCUGAAAGGCCUAUGGCAAGAAAGUGCCAAACUCAGACCAGCUAAUAAAAUGCAUUAUGGAUAUAGAUUCCUCCAUCGAGGGAUCUCAAGAAGAGGGCAUGCAGCGUGGAGCUGCUCACAGAUCUAUGUGUAACACAGCCAAAAUGGAUCCCAGAGUUCCCAGGAUUUUUAAUGGCAAGCAGGUUGUUCCAAAGGUACAUUAUGCCUUGUGGAAAGAGAUUGUGUUUAUGCAGCAGUGUACAAAUUAAUUGUGUAUAGAUCUUUUUUUUCAUGUGCUAAAAGAAUUCUGAAAAAGGCAAUACUCUUACUCAUCUUCAUCUCUUCUUGUGACUAAUGAGCAUCAAUACAGAAAAAUGUGUUGCUGUAGCUUUGAGCAUGUUUUAGGCUGUCUCAGCAUACAUUUGCUGGGAAGGGGACAAGGUGGAGAAGGCCACUGUCCUUUUUAAAAGACUGGCUUAUAUUCACCAAGAGAAGUAUUUCAUAGUUGCUACUGUAAUCCCAAAGAGGAAAUUAUUAACAAGGCUUUCUUUCUUUCUUUGUUUCCUUCACAAAACUCUAUCCGUUCCAAAAAGAACUGUGUACAGGACUGUAGCAGUAAUGAUGUAUUCUGUUCUUCAGUCUAAAAAUAAGUCUGUCCCAUAUCCUAAGAGGAGCAAUUUAACAGUCUGUUAGGUGUGAUGAAGGAAAGUGCUGAUUUUGGAAAAUCUGUUACUUAAACUUAGGAAUCCAGAAGUUACCAAAUCCUUAAAGCUUUUAUUUGCUGCUGCACUUGCCACUGAAGACCUGUGCCCAGCUGCAAAUACCAAGAUAACAGAAUUUCAGGCUAUUAUUUUACUCUGUAGAUAUAAGCAACGGAUUGGUGUAAGAUGAAUGGCACUGGAGUAUCUUCCUACUUCUUCUGAUUCUCUUGGGUUUGGUCACACCUGUUGUUAGACAAGCUGUUUGGCUAGGCAAAUGAGGGUUGUGUUCUCUGCUUCUUCAUGUCCCAGUAGAAUGGUGGGGUUUUCUUGGGAAAAUAUCAGUGCAGAAUUUUGCCUGUAGUUUUUUUAUUCAUAUCUACCUUUUCGUGUCAGUAAUUAAGAAUUCAUUUCAUUCAAAGUACAGUCCAUACUUUCUAGUAUGUUUUGUUUGAAUUGUGCCUACCGUCACCAGAAAAAAUGACCUCUCUGCAGAGAGCUAGCAUGAAUCCUUUGCACUGUUGAAAAGAGUACCAGUGAGAUGCUGGUUUUCUGCAUGGCAGGAGCUGAGAUUUCACUGUAAAUAAGAAGUCAACACAGAGUUGCUGUGUAUAGUUGCAUCCAACUUAUGGAAGAAGCUUAAUGACCUCAAUUCUCACACUCUACUGAUAUUAAAAGAACAAGCAAUACGAUCUCAUGUAAUAAAGAUCUCUGUAGAGAUAGAACACAGAACGGAAAACAGACGACUUUGGCACUAUUCUCCUCUACUUUUUACCAAUGUGUAUGGUAGCAGGGAGAAUGCAAGACACUGAGUCACCUACCUCCCAUCUCAGUAAAGUAAAAGGUGAGCCAUAAGUCUUUUUUUUCAGUCCAUUUCCUUAUCUUACAUGCCUAACCAUACAUAGCUAUGACACCCUCCCAGACUUUUCCCAAUUCCUAUUGUAGGUCAGUACAGGCAUCCAUGGAUAAGGGCCAUCUCUGUAUAUUUCCCAGUAGCUGAAUUUAAAGUCUUGUGAAACUGGCCAUUUUGAGCAUCCCAGUUAUCUGCAAUAUUAGCCUAAUUUCCAUGUACUCACUGUUGGACAAAAAAGUGUCUUAAGGCAGUUUGCAGCUCUUCUGAUCUGUAGGUGAACAAAGACAAGUAAUGAAACCCUUCACAGUUUCUGGAUCCAGAGUUGCUGCAAGGAGUUCCCCAUAAUGAGCCAAAUGAGCUGAUGAGGAGUUCCAUAUAAUGAGCCGGUUCAUAAAAUGAGCCAAGCUCUGCAGUACUUAAAUGGCUUAGAAUUAAACACUGAAUUUGGCUUGAUGUAUCUAAAAGUUAGAUUUUGCUCUAGGCGAUCACAUCAUCUGAAAAGUGCAUGUUGCAAAUGGCACUUCUUGUGCCUACUUAUGACCAGUUUUGGUGUGAAGAACCCUAGUUUUCAGGAAAUCGGAUGAUACUGGCCACACAAGAAAAUAACUCUUCAAAUACCUAGAUGAUUCCACAUAAAGAAGAAUUUCAGGGAUGAUCUGGAAGGAAAUUUUAAUCCCUGUCCUUCAGUUGCUUGACUUCUGUAAGAGAUAUGCGUAGCUGUAUUUGUCUUUCUUAGCUAAGAUCUCAUGAUGACUCUCACUAAAGCCUGUGGGGAAAUUCUAUUUUACAUAUUGUAUCUGUUUCCUUCUGCAGAUCCAUUAAGUUAUCUGGAGUUGCAGGAGGUGCAGUUAGGUUCAAAAUUCAAGCCAGUGGCUUUAAUACUGAUAUUUAUAUCAAAAAAUGGUCAAGUAAGUAGGCAGCUUUCAGACAACUCCAGAAUUGUUUGGAACAGGUACGCUGACUUAGGUAAGCUUUAGAAGUUAUAUAAAACCUGCUCACACAGUGACCUACCCUCCCUUCAUGAAACAUGUCCAAAAAAAUAAAUUAUAAGAUCUCUUUAGCUCUUUCCUGGACCUUGUCCUAUAAAUAUCAGUAUUUGGCACAAAUUCCUCUGAUACUGUUUCAGAGAAAAUUCUCCUGGUUCUUCCUGAAACAAUGAAACUGGAAUUUGACAUUAUCAUUUACAAAGAUAUUAAAUGAAAGACAAGUGCUUUUCACUAGGGAUGAAAUAUGAUGCAUAUCUGGAAAAGAUGGCUAUAGACUCUCCCUAUAUAAAAAUAUGAGAGGGCCAACUUCUCAUCCAAAUUCUCGGUGAUGAGAUUCAUAUUAUAGCCCACCAAGGACAGAGUUCUGCAAAGCCAUCUGUCAAGACUUUUAAACUCAAGAAAAUGGAAAUCCACAGUCUCUGUUGGGGUGCUUAUUCCUGCCCAUGCUGUUCCAUGACCUAUGCUGCUCCUCCAUGGUGUCCCUUGCAUCAGAAACCCACUGGGUUCCCCACUACUGCAUAAUCACAGGCAGGUCCUAAGUAGAACCAUCAUCACGGGAAAGAGGACAGCUUCUGAGAACCUUCCUCAGGAAUAAGGUUAAUAGGUGCGUCCAGUUCACCACUCCUCUUCUUUGUCCUCACAAUCCAGUCUCCAAAACCAGUUAUAUAGAGUUUAGCUGGAAGGAAUUAAAUGCACAGAUACCACAGAGCACAUGCCAGAAAAGCUGUGCUGCCUUGGGGAAUUUCUGCUCCCUGUCCCUCUCAGCUUCCUGUGGGCAGUGGGCAGCAUGUGAGUGAUUCCAGGGAUAAAAUUCCUGCCCUGCUGAAGUCAGUGGUAAAUUUCUUAUCUGUAAGGGGGACAGGAUUUCAUCCAACGUUUUUAUCUAAAAAUGAAGUCCACCUGUAUGGAUGAUGACUGUAGAGAUACCAGCAAUGCUCUACAGGAAAGACUGCAAACCAGUGCUACACCUUUAGCAUUUAUUUCACAACUGGAAGAAAAGGAAUGUAAAUUUGUUAUUAAUCACUUAAAGGGUGAAAUCACUUUGCCUAGAACAAUCUGUACUAUUUUGACAAUAACUCAGUAAUUUAUUUAAGGAGUUGCUGUACUGCUGUCAUAAUUAUAUCACUUUCAGUACAGAACAUCUGUUGCUGGUGGAUGGUCUAGAAAUGCCAAAUAUAAUCUAGAGUUUAUUUUCCAAUAAAAUUCACAUUUUAUAUCCCAUGUGAAGUGCUCUUCACCUUUAUGAGCUUUCUUGGCUCAGCAAACUGGUGCUGUUUUGUGUUGUUUUUUUAAGAAGGGUGGGGAGAACAUGCCUGAAUAUGCUUUUCGAAGAGAAUGAUAAGAUUAUCCUCCAAAGUAUUAUGAGUGCAUUUGGGUGUUUUCUGGAUUACUCUUUUAUCCAUAGAUAGUCAACAGCCUCAGGUCUUUUAUCCAACAAAAGCAUCCCAAAGACUAACAGAACUGACUUAGAUGCAUUUGUCUGAUUUUUUUUUCUAUUUUUGGAGCCCUGAGAGAAGCUAGACAUCUAAAACAUUUUAAAUUUGGCUGUUUGAUUUGCAGUAUUACUUUAUAUGGCUUGAGGGUCUGUCAAAGAUACAAAUUCAGUUCCA